UAAUUUCAUUGACUCCGCACAACUCUACCUGUACUUACGAGUACUGUUGUAAUAAUUUUUCGACGAGAAGGAGAUCCCAUUCGGUUCCCAUGGAGGUUUCUGCCCUCCCCGUCGCUUCCUCUCACAAAGAGAAACUUAUCUCCGCUGGUUACACCACUCUUUUGUCUAUCAUUGGCGUCUCCGCCUCCCGCCUUGCCCAAGAACUAAUCAUUCCACAUUGUGAAGCUAUGGAUAUCAUUAAAAUUACUCUAAAUUGCUCUAGAGCUAUGGGCUUGGAAGGCACGCAUGCACUUUUGAAAGGGGCUCGAACUGCAUGGGAAAUGCUUUCGGAUGAACAAAACCUCAAGCAUAUAAGCACAGGUUGUGAAGAUUUUGAUGGCAUCCUUGGUGGUGGUAUACAUUGUGGAGAGGUUACUGAAGUAGGUGGUGUUCCCGGUAUUGGCAAAACACAAUUAGGGAUUCAGCUUGCAGUAAAUGUCCAGAUUCCAGUUUCUUAUGGUGGCCUUGGAGCUAAAGCAAUCUAUAUUGAUACUGAAGGAAGUUUUAUGCCUGAACGUGCUUAUCAAAUUGCUGAAGCCUGCAUAAUGGAUAUUUGGGAAAAUUUAGUUUUCCCUCAUAAGGACAAUAAAGAUUGCCAGGAAAGGAUGCAGCCUGACCAUUUCUUAUCUAACAUCCUUUACUUCCGCAUCUGUAGUUAUACUGAACAGAUAGCUGUGAUUAACUACCUAGACAAGUUUCUUGAAGAACACAAGGAUGUGAAAAUUGUUAUCAUCGACAGCAUCUCAUUUCACUUUCGCCAAGAUUUUAAAGAAAUGGUCCAAAGGACUAUUGUGCUUAACGAAAUGUCCAGGCUACUGAUGAAAGUUGCAAAAAGAUUUUCCGUGGCUGUUCUUUUACUUAACCAUGUCACAGCGAAGCAUACAGAAGGCCAAUUCCAGUUAACGCUUGCACUUGGUGAUACUUGGUCCCACUCCUGCACAAACAGAAUUAUCUUGUAUUGGGAUGGUGAUGAACGCCAUGCCCGCAUUGAGAAAUCGCCUUACCUGCCUUCGGCUUCGGCACCAUUUUCUGUCACCAAUAAAGGUAUUCGCGACGCAGUUUCACACUGCAAGCGUGCUCGAAUGAUGUAUAACAGAUAUUAAAAGUGGAGCAAAGUGGAAGAGACAUGGAGCAAAGUGGAAGAGACUUGGAGCAAAGGAGCUCACAUGAGACUAGCGCCUAAGCACUAGACCCUUGGGUUUCAGUCUUUACCCUACCAACCCCAGAAACUUGUGUCUUAGUGCCAGUCAUUGGGAUAUAAGGCACAACCUUACUAGCUCCUAAGCGCCAAACCCAUGGGCGCCAAGUUGCUCCUAUUGAUUUCUGCAAAUAGAGAGCUUAACGCUUAGGCGCCAGAUCUCUGAUUCCUAGGCGCCAACAACUGCUGGAGGUAGUUUUUGAUAGUUCUACCCUAGUUCGUGCGGAGUUACUCAACCAGACAAGGAGCUUUAAUAAGGAGUUUAUACAUCCUAUUGGAGGUAUCUAGAAAAGAAGUGACAAGGUUUGCUAGAGGAUUGAGUAAGAUAAGUUUUUCUUGGUGUUUUGGUGAGGAAUUUGAGUUAUGAAAAGAGUAUUCUGGAGAGCAAAAAGGGAUCAGGAGAUUGUUGGGGGAGCAUUCUCAGAGUUUUUUAAUGGAGAUAAAGCUAGGUAUUGUGU